UGUGUGAAAGUGUAUCGAUAAAUAAAAAUUAAAGUUUACAAUUGAAUGAUUUUUAUUCCAAGAGGAUAUGAAACGAAUAAAAAACACUCUUAUAAUGAUUUUAUAAAGUGUUUGAAAUCAUUUUAUUAGCCUAGUUUUGUGUAGAUUAAAAGCAAAUAAAAAAUAAUAAAACUCCUCGCGUGAUGACUUCACUGUUGUUGCAUACUUAAAACGCAUAUCAAAAAAAAUGUACUUAAAAUUCAUCUACUUUUUCUACCUCUGUUUAAUAAUCGACGCAAAAGAAAAUCAUGAAAAUGAAAAUCACUUAACGCACGAUGAAUCUUUGUUAACAAAAUACAAGGAUAAUGACGAAACAUGUUCAGAAAGUUGUUCAUCGGCAUUAAAUCGUGAUAAAAUCGACUCAGGAAUACAACAAAAUGAACUUAAUACGCACACAAUUGAUACGAAUUACGAGGAUAUGGUUUUAAUUGAAGGUGGAACAUUUGAAAUGGGUUCGAAUGAUACACGAUUUCGUAAAGAUGGUGAAAAUCCGAUUAGAAAUGUUACAAUACAACCAUUUUAUUUGGAUAAAUAUGCUGUGAGUAAUGAAGAAUUUGCUAAAUUUAUCGAUAGUACAGGGUUUUUAACGGAUGCUGAACAAUUUGGUAAUAGUUUUGUGUUUGAUCAACUUUUACCGGAUGAUAAAAAACAUAUUCAUCCAGAUUUGAGAGCGGUUCAAGCUCAAUGGUGGGUUAAAUUAGAUAAAACUACGUGGGAUCAUCCUGAAGGACCCGAAAGUAAUAUUAAAGAUAGAAUGAAUCAUCCAGUAGUCCAUGUCUCAUGGCGGGAUGCAGUUGCAUAUUGUAGAUAUUAUAAGAAACGUUUACCAACUGAAGAAGAAUGGGAAAGAGCUUGUCGUGGUGGUUUACGACAACGAUUAUAUCCAUGGGGUAAUAAAAUCAACCCCAAUAAUACUCACAGGACGAAUAUUUGGCAAGGCCAUUUUCCAACCAAUAAUACUAUGGACGAUGGAUAUUUUGGAACAUGUCCAGUUGAUAAAUUUCCGCCUAAUAAUUAUGGUUUAUACAAUAUGGUUGGAAAUGUUUGGGAAUGGACUUCGACAGCAGCUUUAAAACAAUCAACGACGGAACGUAUUAAAAAAGGUGGAUCUUUUAUGUGUCAUUUUACAUACUGCUAUCGAUACAGAUGUGCGGCACGUUCCUACAAUACAGAAGAUAGUACUGCUUCAAAUUUAGGAUUCCGUUGUGCUAAAUCAAUUGAAUAGGAAUACCUAAAUAAUUUUAUAGUUUUUUUUUUUAAUAAUUUUACAGGCCUCAAGAGACUUGGUUUAAAAAAACCAUCUCCGUCCUCCUAUUUCUACAUAAAAUGAGGCCUUAUUCCUAGCCAAAUUCAUUGUUUUCCUCCAAAUUUAUAAAAUUAUUCCAUAAAUUUUUGCAUUUAGAAAUUUUUAUAUUAGACGGUUUGGUAUAAAACUUAAUAUUAAGAAAAUCGUAAGUUAAAUUCUUUGCCAUUAAGGCCUAUCGGAAAUAAUUAUAGUUCAAAUAUUAUACGGAACAAAAUUUACAAAUUUAUCCGCUCACUCAUUUUUUCAUAAUCAAAUAAGGUUGAAAAAUAAAUUUACGAAAUUCACCUUAAUGCUUAUAACUAAGGCACUAAAAAUAUGAAGUGUUGUCUUUAAAAAUUUUGAUGUUCAAAUUGAAAAAGCUGGUCAAAAUUAUGGAGGGUAGAGGUAAAUAGGAACAUUUUAUUUUAUCGAAGUAAUUAGAGUGAGAUAGAGAACGAACAAUUGAGAAGGAUAGAGAUAUGUUCAAAUCACUCUUUUACUACAUAAGCGCCAUUCUGGUCAAUUUUAGAACUGUUAUUAGCUUUCAGCUGAACUAUUUACUUUGAACCAUUUAAGAUACCCUUCAAAGUCAAAAUAUCAAAAUAAAAUGGCGGAUCAUGAAUGGCAAACAGAAGUUUGCAAAGUUAUAAUGUCUAAACUUUUCCAGUAUUUAUUUAUGGCUAGCUAUUCAAGGAAGAAAAAAAAUGUUAAAACCAUAUUUAUAGUGCCCUAGUGUUUCUGUUUUUAUGCUCAACGAGCAUUUUCUGUGACAAUAUAUACUUAAUAAAAGGCGGACAAAUUUGAUUAAAGAAAAUCAAAGUUGAAAGAUUUUCGCUUAAGGAAAAACCUAGGCUUCUACCAUUACUUACCUACAAUAUUUUAAGGUUAUUUUUAUGGAUUAGACAAAUUUCUUACAUCUUAUUCCAAGGUAAAUAAAACACAGUGCGACCUCGCUAGUGUCCGCAGCCUUAUUUUCUCUGUUAUCUCCUUUUUUACUCAAUCCUACUAAUUUAUUUCAUAACUUACCAUGUUUGCCUCCUGGAAUUAGAUUCAUACCCAUUUAAGACACGAAAUAAUCGUAAUAAACUCCAAUUUUGAGGUUUCGUUGACUACUUGACAGAAAUAUAAACGUACUUACAGCUAUGAAUUAUUAAAUUUCGUGAUCCGAAUCAAGAUAUCUUUUUAACUUUAAUCAAAUUUGACCGAACAGCAGUUAUUUCGUAAGACUCGUAUAAUUUGGCUCAAUUUCAAACUUAAAGGGGGGAUGCUGUAUGUUUGUCUUGAUAUGGCUACCCAUUUCUUGACGAAUAAUUUAACAGUAUCGGCCUAGAAGGAAAAUGUUUGUCUCGUCUUAAAAUAUUUUUUCUUAGAUUUAACACAUAUCAUUCUUUGUCGACAUCUCGGAAUCUAACAUUCAGUAUCAAUUUCACUACAAAUUAUGAUUGCUAGAUUCGAUUUACACUUUUUAUAAAAUCGAGCUUUCUUAAAAUAACAAGAGGUAAAGCAAAUAAAUAACCUUUAUGUUUCUUCGAAAUGCGCCAAAGCCAUAUAUGAUGGAUUUUUUAUAAAGAGUCUUCCGAAA